GCGCUCCGACCGUCAGCCAAGUCAAAAAGUCUAAGGACAGGAAAUUCACUUCAGCGCGCGCUCUGCUUUGUCUCCGUGUUUACGCAAUGCGCGGAUUAGUGCUGAUUUCCACGCUCGGAUUCAUCCUGAUCCUCAUCCCUGCUCCAGCAGAACAGUCCCCUGUUCCAGAGCUGGUGCCGAUCCGGUGCGCACCGUGUACCCCGGAGAAGCUGAGCGCAUGCCCGGCCGCUCCAUCCGGCUGCAGGGAGCUGAUGAAAGAACCGGGCUGCGGCUGCUGCAUGACCUGCGCGCUGCCCGAGGGCGCCCUGUGCGGGGUCUACACGGCGCACUGCGGCACGGGACUGCGCUGCACGCCGAAAGAAGACGACCCGCAGCCGCUCCACUCGCUCACCCGCGGACAGGCCUUGUGCACCGUGGACCGCUCCGCGCAAGGUGCGUCUCUUCUCUCUACCGCCGAGCCCCCGUACCUUGAUCAGCGUGAAGCUGAAAAGUUGCACGACCUAAUGCUAAACCAUAACCGUCUCCUUACAGAGGAGAGCGGGGAGCACGGCUUCUCCUUACACCAGCUGCUGGGACUGGAUAAAGCCGGAGACCCGGAGGCGCACGAGAGCAUCAGGGCUAAAGUAAACGCCAUCCGGAAGAAGCUGGUGGAAUUGGGUCCAUGUCACACCGAACUGCACUCUGCCCUGGACCGUAUCAUGGCCUCGCAGCAUGCACUGGGCGAGAAGUUUACUACGUUUUACCUUCCCAACUGCGACACCAAUGGCUUCUACAAGACCAAGCAGUGCGAGACGUCCCUCGUCGGACAGGCUGCACGUUGUUGGUGUGUGUCCGCUUGGAAUGGGAAGAGGAUCACAGGAUCCAGUGAUGUCCCCGUAGAUGCCCUCUGCCACCAGGAGAUCACUCACUGAGCCCUGCUGCUCUUCUCUCACACACUUACACACAAGCUGAAGUUCAUUUAAGAAAAAAAAAAAAAAGCACUUUUCUUAAUCAGGACUGGCUAAAAAAAUAUUGUUGGGACAUUUGCUUCCAACAUAGAGCUUAAUAUAUUAUGUACAGACACCAAACCUUUUCUUGACAAAGAGAUUGACUUUCUUAAUUUAUUUGUUAUUUUUUGGGUUUCAUAUCGCUAUAUAUAUAUUUAUUGAAUGUUCCUAAAUAAGUAAUCAUUGACAAGUAUUUAUAUUUGCUGGAAUUCUCUGGUUACUGUUAUAUUUUUAUUUGUAUUUUUAAUUUAUUACAACUAUUGUUUGGACUAAACACCUCUGUUACUACAUAGAAAUAGCAGUAGAACCAUGGGACAUAUUAUAAACCCAUUGCAACACACCACUGUUUAAAAAAAAAAAAAAAGGCAGAGUGGGUUUGUGUACUUUUAGUCUCACCCCCAGUUUAGGAGUUUUGUACUUCAACAGCUUCAGCGUUCAUUUGCUUUACAACGUGUUGAUUCGGCCUACGUUCGUGCGAGUCUACUCAACUUUUUGCCUCAACCUGCGACGCCCGUGUUUGUGAAUUUGUCCAGGCUGUUAUUUUUUUUGUUUUUUUUUUUCCCCCUGCCCUAGCUCUGGAUUUUUCCACUUACACGGGACAGCUGCCAAUUGAUCCCAGAUGUUUUGAAGUAGAUCGCAGAUCUGGGCCGUGUUUGUGACUCGUAUAAUGCUGCUACCUCUCCGGAGUGCAGGUUCCUCCGUUUCCUCGCGUCCCCCGCUCUGCGCCGUCGCUCUGGAAAUCCCGUCCGUGUCGGAUCCUGUGUCUUUUGAGAAUAUGAGAAUCUCAGAAAAGCUGCGUUUUCCUUUAACGGCAAAUGGACUUCCUGUUGGUUUGGAGAGCAGGAGUUAUAACACCAUUGGGAUUCAUUUUAGCUACAAGCAGGAACGCUUUAUGAAUAUGGUUCCAACAUUGCUGCAUGCCAGGACAUUUUUUACGCAGGAAAAGAGAGAAAAACCAGACAGGGAUUUGUAAAAACCCAUGUUGCGGGCGUGUCCCUUGGCUCUCUGCAUUAAAAAAAAAAAAAAAACA